AUGAAAAAUAAUAUUACAAUAAAUAAUGUUGAACUUUUAAUUAAUAAUAAUUUCAAAGAGAAACCCAUUUUUGAUACUCAAAUAGUUGAUAAUUAUAAUUCAUUACAAAUUUGCUUAAUGAUUUCUCGAAAAUGGGAUAGUUGGAAUAAAAUCAUUGUUUUCGGGAAGUCAAUAAGUUUAAAUGAAGACGAUGAAAGGAUUAUUAAAGAUGAAACUCAAUUAAAGAAGUUAGAUGAAAUGUAUCAGCAAUAUUUAAAUAAUGAAAUAUCAUCUACAAAAAUUAUUAAAUUAUAUAUUGAUACAACUGAAAUUAAGAAAAAUCAAUUACCUUCAUCAUUAAGUGAUUAUCUUCAAAGUAUUUUUGAACCAACCAAUAUUGAAUAG